ACGAAAAAUUCCGCCAAAAUGGAGAAAGGAUUGUUACCAUCGCUUUGUGGGAAAUCUUUUGGCGGUUAGAAUUUUGCAGAGCUCUUCGUUUCCCUCUAAAAUUACAAAGCUUAGCCUCGUUGUUUUUACAUUUUUUUCCUCUUUUUUUAUUUUUUUUUUAACUUUGUAUUUCCUCGUGAAAUAUUCCUCUAUUUUUUAUUUUUUUUUCAUUUUCUCUUUCGAUGGCUGGUAUCUGAUGCACCAUGAGGAAGAAGCUCGAUACUCGUUUUCCAGCGUCCCGUAUAAAGAAGAUUAUGCAAGCAGAUGAGGAUGUGGGGAAGAUUGCAAUGGCAGUUCCUCUUUUAGUAUCAAAAGCAUUGGAAUUAUUCCUUCAGGAUCUUUGUGACAAGACGUAUGAAAUUACUCUCCAGAGGGGCGCAAAGACGAUGAGUUCUUUGCAUUUAAAACAAUGUGUUCAGAGCUACAAUGUGUUUGAUUUCUUGAGAGACAUUGUGAACAAAGUGCCUGAUUUGGGUGGUUCAGAUGCAGCUGGAGAUGAUAGGACAGCCUCCAAGAGAAGAAAAGCUGUUGAUGACGAAGAUAAUGAUAGCGAUGAGGAUUCCAAGAGGACCAGAACGGUAAAACUUGAGGCCCCACAAGGUGGCAGCAGAGGGCGCGGGAGGGGCCGAGGAAGAGGCAGGGGUGGGCGGGGAGGUCGAGCCCAUGAGAAGGAUAGUGGGGCUCACGCCGAGAAGUGUGAGGACGACCCCACCAUAUCACCACAACACAGUGAAAAGCCAAGGGCCGAAAGGUUAGAGGAAGAAACAGAGGCCAAGCAAGACCCUUCGGUCCAUGUAGUGAGGAACUUUGACUUGAACCUAGAUUUGGACGAGAAUGGUGACAUGGCCUCCGGUUCGGGUUCUGUUAGUGAGCCCAAGCCCAAGUCCAAGCCUGAGCCCGAGCUUCAGCCCGAGAGUGAGACUGAGCCCAAGCAUGAGGAGUAUCCCGGUUGGUCAGUAUCAGAGAUGAAAGGGAUGACAAUCGAUCAUCUUCGGCUUGCACAGCUUGAUACGAAGGUGGAUGAUGAGGACUAUGAUAAUGAAGAGGGCUAGGAGGGCUGGAGUGGGAGGAUGGAGGCCCAAUCAAGACUAGGAGUGGAGCAGUGAAGCUUGGUAAGGGUAACAGUGGAUAGCCUGAGGUUAGUGAUGACCCAAUUCUUCAUUUCUCUUUCUAAGAUGGUCUUGUUAGAGAUCUAGAGUAGACACAACACAACACAUAACAUAUACACUCAAACCAUGGGGAUAACUAACUAAGAUUUCUUCCCUUCUUACAUUUUUCUUUCUGUUAGGUGAUUUCUUGAAGUCUGGUUUCUUCUUCAGAAAGUUGUAAUAUAUAUCACAGGCCUGAGAUGUGUUUAUUCACAGCCAUUGUGCACAUCAAUAUUUUCUUUUUCACCAAUCAAGAUAGUUUUCUUGUUUCUCUUUCC